UUUUUUCGCAUUCAUAGACUUUUGCGAUGAAUGCAACGACUGCAAGGCCAAGAUCUAAAACUUCUGCAAGAAUCAAGACCGGAUGGGCGUCACCGCCGACGGCGGCUUUGCUGAGUACAUGGCGGCCGACUACUGCUCGGUGGUACAUCUGCCUGAUACACUUGCGCGCGGGGGGGGCACAGCCAUCACGGCGUCCAAGGCAUAUGCUCUGUCCGGCACUCAGCGUGGUCGCCAUCGUCGGCGGCUGCACGCUCGGCCACAUCGGAGUGUAGAUCGCAAAGACAUGGGGACUGCGCGUCGUGCUCGCGCCCAACACGCUGGUCAAUAGAGAGCAGGUCAAACUCGGCCGUACAGGCGUGCGGCGGGCCCGUAGACGCCAUCGUCCGUCACCACCGAUGCUAUCUCUGCAUUCCAGAUCGACCUGGGGUUCAGGAAGCACGGCGCCUUCAUGUUUGUCGGCCAGCCGCUCGACCCGAUCCCCAUCCCGCGCUUUCUACUCAUUUUCCGCGAUGUCAACAUCAAGGGCUCGCUGCUCAGUAACACGCUGGACUUCCCCGACGUGUGCGAGCUCGUCGUCGAAAAGGACAUUGAGGACUACCACGCGGGCUCUCACGCGGGAAAGCUCGUCGCCCUUGUCUCCUGGUGAAAAGCAAGAAGCCCUGGGCUCUAUUCAUGAGCAUCGCAAAUGAAAAGAAAGAUCGUAUAUCGGUCAAAUGCUGAUGAAGAGGUUCCAAACGCCCUUUGCGUAACCGACGAUUUCGUCGCCGCCCAGUUUGGAUUCGCCAAAGACGCGGUCGCAGAAAGUAAUCGGUACCUCGCCAAUGGUGCAGCCAGAUGCGCGUGCCCGCACGAGAAUCUCCAUCUGGAAGACGUAGCCUUUGGACGUCACUUCGCGAAUGAGUUUCUCGAUCACCGGUCGUCGGUAGAGGC